UUAAAAUAGUAUGCAUUGAAAAUGUAUUCUGAAAAUAGUGUAAUUUUACAUAAACAAUGUUUAAACAUUAGAAUUCAAAAAUUAUAAAAUCACCAAAAAAGGGCAAACAAAAUUAUGCAGUGUCACGAUUCGGAUAAUUAUAACACUCAGUACAAUCUUUUGGCCAAAAAAAAUGCAGAAGAAUGCCGCGAAUUAGUAAAUAUCAAGCCUUCCGUUCCACCUUGUGAAAGGCCAAAUCGAAAACCGCCUACGCUACAUACAUUUUGCAACCACAACAUUAAUAUUCAAUAUAAAUAUGAAGGUGGAGAAAAAGGCAUUAUAAAGCCAUGCGGAAUAUGUAUUAGGGUGGAUGAGAAUGGGAAAAAGCAAUCACCUUGUCCUGUUUGUACAAAACAAGAAAUGAAACCGGAAGAGAAGUUGGCCGAGGCAAUUAAGUGUAUUGCUAGUCCUCUGCCAAGAUGGUUUAAUGAGCCAGAGCGUAGCGACCCAAUGAGCGUAUGUUGUCGCAUGUUUGGCGGUAUUAAAAAGUGUCCAAGAAAGGUGGAUCCCUGUUCCUGUCAAGAAAAGGGUACCUCUAAUGUAGAUAAGUUUUCCGUCCAUUAUCCACCAAACAAACUUAUUCCACCCUCCGAAAUGCAAAGAAAUAUCAAAUGUAAGCCGAAUUUCCGGUGUCAGGGUCCUAAGGGUGAUGGUGACUAUCAAACUUUUAAGCCAGACUAUAAAAAUGUACCAUUAACUGAGAAAUUUUAUUCGAAAUAUGAACAUUUGGAAUACAUAGAUACACCUGAAGUAAGACGGUAUCAAAGAGAAUUGGAAAUGAUUGAGAACUACUUCCCAAAGAAUAAGUUCUGUGUGCCAAGAUAUACGAACCAAAAUUACGGAUGGUUAGAUAAUGAACAAAUUAGGAAGUUGGAAUUUUGUGAUGCGAGCCGUGUUGCUGCACCAAAAGUUUUGCAAAAUUUGAAGUCACACGAAAAUAGAGUUUUCGAUCCGAUCCAACUACAAUAUUGCCUAUGCCAUAAUUUACAUAAGCAAAUGGAUCAUUGGAAAAUUGUUUGAAAAUUUAUCGAAUAAAUUCUCAAAUAAAUAUAUAACAUUUUAAUUAUAAAAAAUUUAAACCAAAA